AUGAAUGCAUCUAGUAUCCAAAGAAAAAACCCAUACCAAAGCAAACAAACAGCCUAUUUAAAUUGGUGUCACAAUGAGGGGAAGAAAUUCAUUCCAGGUCCGCCCAAAUUGCGUGAGAUCGUUACGCCAAAGAGACUCUUCCUGUUCCUGAAAACUCAUAUUGAACCCGCCAAAGUACGAGAAAUCCCCCUCUCGUUUGCAUCCUUCGAUGCAUAUGUGAGCGCUAUCGUAGACUUAUAUCAUAGGCAACGUACUGAGUUCAAAGUUAGACCUGUAUUAGACGAUCCAAACGAGCCUGAUGCGGAUUGGGUGACACCAAGAGACGACAGAGUUAAAGAGUAUUUGAAGCAGAUCAAGAAAGAGAGACAGAACGUACAUCGCGUGACUCAAUCGCAUGAGAUGGCCCAAGAAAGAACGGUUACCCCAACAUCAACUAACUCUUCAAAUAUGCUGAUACCCACUACGUUCACAGGAAACAGCGACCCAUCCCUGCUGUCAAAUGAAUUCGGUGGAAUUGAGCCCCCUACAGGGUAUUCGAUUGUGUCUAGCCAAGGAUUGAGGGGUUCCUCCAGCAGUACAUCUUCUUCUGGAACCGAUAUUUCAUAUCUCAACCAGCAAUUAGCUAAAACAAAUGAUAAGGUUAACAGAUUAUCCAUGGAUGUUCAACAGUUAAAAGAAUUGCUGACUAAUACCAACAACAAGGUGACACAGAUCGUGGAAAUGCUCACUUUAGUGUCUAAAGCAGGACAAGUUGGAGCUCACCGAACACCUUCGCAAUCUGAGCCAGUCUCUAAUUCAAUGGAACCUCCACAACCUGCAAACGGUCAAUAUGGCAUUGCUCCAGUAUCUGUUCCGUUCUCCAACCCCACUGGAGCUCCUCCUGCUCCAACAACAACUGUAAUACCUGAAAUUAUUCUCAAUAACAAAGCAAAAACAAUCUCUGCCAUCUGGCGGGAGUACAAGAUUGGAUACAAAGGACAACCUUCUUUAGCAGAAAUGGAACGGAAAUAUGGUACUAGCUGGCGUCGUGGACGUAUCAGGAAAACUGUGCAGAGAAGGAGAAGGAUAGCACAGGCUAUAGAGACCUAUAUCAACCAGGGGCUUACAGAAGAAGAAGCGCUUUUUCGGUUGGAGAAGUACCGACAAGAAAGGUCAAAGAGCCUUUUUUGGCUCUAUUCCAAUGUUCCAGAAAAUUCUUAUGACUUGUAG